AUGAAGCUGGACCGCGACGCGUUGGACUGGAGAAAAUUCAACGGCAGCUCCCAAUUGAAGCUCCAGCAUGUGGGCAGAAGUAAUAGCACAAUGAGCGGCAAGUGGACAUCGACCCUGCGGUUGCCCAAAAAAAACUUCCCACCGCUCCCGCUACCCGAACAUCGGCAAAAGUACAUCCAACGCUGCGGCGACGAACUGUACAAGUGGCAGGCCACCAACCGCCCGGAAUCCAACCCUUUCAUCCUCCACGAUGGCCCGCCCUACGCAAACGGCGACCUCCAUGUGGGCCAUGCCCUCAACAAGAUCCUCAAGGACAUGAUCCUCCGUGUCAAGGUUCAGCAGGGCCACAGAGUGCAAUAUGUUCCCGGUUGGGACUGCCACGGCCUGCCGAUCGAGCUCAAGGCGCUGGGCGGAAAGGCGGAAGGGCAGGAGCAGAUGACUCCCACCGAGGUGCGCGCGCUGGCGCGGGAGCUGGCGUCGACGACGGUAGAGAGCCAGAUGCGGGGAUUUCAAGAGUUUGGCGUCAUGGCGGACUGGGACCAGCGUUGGGAGACGAUGCAGCCCAGCUACGUGGCCGACCAGCUGAGGCUGUUUCAGCGAAUGGUCAGCCGCGGGCUGAUUUACAGGAGACACAAGCCGGUAUACUGGUCACCGUCGUCCCAAACCGCUCUCGCCGAGGCCGAGCUGGAGUACAACGAAAAGCACGUUUCCCUGGCCGCAUACGUCAAGAUGCCUCUCACCGGCGACCUGGAGGCUUUGGGACUUGACUGGGACACGAGCCUGGUGAUCUGGACAACGACGCCAUGGACUCUACCUGCAAACCAGGCCAUUGCCGUGCACAAGGAUCUGAUUUACCUGGUUAUCAAGGUCCGUGGUGAAGCAAUGAUCAUUGGCGCAGAUGCUCUGGGACGUAUAAGCGAAAUCGUGGCGCCAGAAGUCCCAGUAGUCUUGACAUCUCUUGUGGGUGAACAACUUGUCGGAGUGAGCUAUCUUAACAAGCUUCAAGGCUCCGAGGCCCAGCCGCAACCUAUAAUCCACGCAGAUUUUGUCUCGGCGGAUUCCGGUUCCGGUCUGGUGCACCUGGCCCCCGGGCACGGUUUGGAAGAUUACGAAGUAUGCAAAUCGCUUGGCAUCCCUGCAGUGUCGGCCAUUGAUGAUGCUGGCAUUUUUGCAAAAGACGUCUGCCCUGCCAACAGUGAAAUUCCACGCGAAGGAGCCGGGGCGGACGUUUUGAAAGGCGGUAGCAAAAGCAUCAUGAAGAUUCUAGGGAGUGAAGUUUUGCAUUCUCACAAGCACACGCACAAAUACCCCUACGAUUGGCGUACCAAGGAACCGAUAGUGGUGCGUGCAACUGCCCAAUGGUUUGCUGACGUCGCUUCAAUCAAGGAGCAGGCUCUUGAUGCGCUGGAUGAUGUCAAAUUUAUCCCCGUGGCCGGGCGCACAAGGCUGGAGAGCUUCAUCAAGGGGCGCAGCGAGUGGUGUAUCUCCAGACAGCGAUCAUGGGGCGUUCCAAUCCCGGCAUUCUAUGACAACGACGUACCUGAUGGUGGCGAGGCCAUCAUGACGGAAGAAACCAUUGAUCACGUCAUCCGGACGGUGGAGGAGCGCGGCGUGGAUGCUUGGUGGUCUGAUGCAGCAGAUGAGGAGGCCUGGAUACCUGAGUCUCUUCGAGGUCGCAAUCUGCGCCGAGGCACAGAUACCAUGGACGUAUGGUUUGACAGUGGCAGCAGUUGGACACAAACAGAGGGUCGGGCAGAUGUGUAUCUUGAAGGGACGGACCAGCACCGCGGCUGGUUCCAGUCGAGCUUGCUUACCAAGGUUGCGACCCGUCCAGACGAAAAUCCGGUAUCUGAAGCUCCUUUCAAGAGCCUCAUCACCCACGGUUUCACCCUUGACGCCCACGGCAAGAAGAUGUCCAAGUCCCUGGGCAACGUCAUAUCUCCAAUGGACGUGAUUGAAGGAAAACUAUUAGCCCCGCGUCUGCCCGGGAAGAACAAGAAGCGGCAAAAGGCAAAGGGACACAACCAGAACACGCCAGGCGCACAACAUGAGGUUCUUGGACCCGACGCCCUGAGACUGUUGGUGGCGAGCUCGGACUACACUAAAGACAUCGUCAUCAGCGAGCGGACUCUGUCGUCCAUCCACGCCUCGCUUCGAAAGUUCCGGUCCAUCUUUAAACUCCUGUUGGGUUCUAUGCACCAGCCGCCGAGGCAGGAACCCUUUGACGCCGUCGACCAGAUCGCCAUGCUCCACCUCCGGGACACUUUGGUACAGGUCGGGAAACACUACGACUCAUUUGAGUUUUACAAGGGCUUUGCGGUGCUCAACCAUUGGGUUUCACAGCAGCUGUCGGCCGUUUACGUGGAAGCGCUCAAGGAUAAGCUCUACUGUGGUGGGGAUGCAGCGAACGCAACUGCGGCGAUGGUGCCAAUCUUUGACGGGUUCUGCAGGAUGCUGGCUCCGGUGGCGCCGCUGGUUGUUGAGGAGGCGUGGGAUCACGCGCCGGCGUGGUUGAAAGAGACUAUGCCACACCCCCUGCAGCGGUUAUACAACGACCCACUUGUCGCCGACCCUGGACUCCUGACCAUUCCCGAAGCCAAGCUCCGCGCAGUGAUGCCGGUUCUCGACGCCGGGCGGGCCGCCAUCAACGCGGCGGCAGAGAUCGGACGGACGAACAGGGAGGUUGGGCAAUCGCUGCAGACCGCGGUGACCCUGUACAGCAGAUUCGGAUCCGUCAACGAUGCGCUCCAGCUGCUGGGCGAGGAGCAGCUCGCGGCCUAUUACGUCGUCUCCUGCGUCAAGAUCAACAGCGAAAUACCCGUUGGACUAGAUUACUGGACGUAUAGCGCCAAGGCGAAGAUCGAGGCGGGCCAGGCCAAGGGCGCGGUGAUCAAAGCCGUGGUCAGGCAUCCGAGCGACCACAAGUGCCCCAGGUGCUGGAGGUACGUGGCCGAGGAAGUGGACGAGCUCUGUGGACGGUGCGAGGACGUUGUUAAGGAAGAGGGGCUUUUCGAGGACGAAGACGUUGUCAAAGACGAGGGCACAGACUAGAGACUGUCGCAUCUGUGGUCUCGGUGGAAGAGACAUUUGUACAACAAUUUUGUAAUAAUUUAUUGAGGGCGUGCAUACUCAACCGAGUAGGGCUUCUUGGUAUAUACCCGACUCUUUUCAACAUAUGAAC